AUGAUCGGCGAGCUCCGCACGUCGGCGCUCGGGCCAAAGGCGUACUACGAGGUGUACAUCGACGUGACGACGGAGCUGCGGCACCUGGAGGAGUUCUUCGAGGCGGAGCACGAGCGCGGCCGCCCCAUGGUCGAGCUUUACGAGCUCGUCCAGCACGCGGGCAACGUGCUCCCGCGCUUGUACCUGCUGCUGGCGGUCGGCCGCGUCUUUCUUCAGUCCAAGGAGGCGGCCGCGAAGGUCGUCCUCGAGGACCUGGUCGAGCACUGCAAGGGGGUGCAGCAGCCGCUGCGCGGCCUCUUCCUGCGCAACUACCUGCUGCAGUGCACGCGCGAGCGGCUGCCAGACACGGGGUCGGACUACGAGGGCGAGGGAGGGACCGUCUCGGACGCAAUCAAGAUCGUCCUCGCCAACUUCGGCGAGAUGGCAAAGCUCUGGGUGCGGAUGCAGCACCAGGGGCCGGCGGCGAACAAGGAGCAGCGCGAGAAGGAGCGCGCCGUGUCAAGGGUGGUGCUGCAGCUGUGGACGGCGUCUCUUCACGGCUGCGGCUGUGAGCAGGAGCGCGCCGAGCUCAAGGUGGUCGUCGGCGGCAACUUGCACCGCCUGGCCUCGCUGGAGGGGGUGACGCUGCAGGUGUACACCGCAGAGGUGGUGCAGCCGCUGCUCGAGCUGAUCGUGUCGUGCAAGGACGGGCUGGCGCAGGAGUACCUCCUCGAGUGCGUCUGCCAGGUCUUCCCGGUCGCGUACCACACCGCCACGCUCCCCACCCUCCUCCGCUUCCUCUCCUGGCUCUCCGCUGCCGCCGACGAGUCGGCGAUCCUCUCGCACCUGAUCAGCCGCCUCUGCGCGCUCGAGCCUGCCGACGGCGAAACAGAGGCGCGCGACGUCUUCACGCCCGUCGCCGACCACGUCGAGCGGCGCUGCGCCUCGCUGCGGCUGCUGCCGUCGCUCGCCCUCGCCCUCGCCCUCGCGCGGCUCGCGCUGGAGGCGUACGAGGCGCACACCGAGUACCUCGAGCGCGCGCUCUCCCUCGCGAGCACGCGGCUCGAGUCGCUCGGCGUCGUGACCGAGAAGCGGGCGGUGGCGGUGGUGCAGGACUUGCUCUCGCUGCCGCUGAAGCGCAAGGGCGGCGACGUGCUGUACGUGCUCGAGCUGACCGAGCUCGUGUCGCGGCUCGAGCCCGACGAGCAGCGCCGAGUGGUGUCGCGCCUGCUGCGGGAGGUUGCGGGCCGCGGCUGCGUCAUCUCCGACCCGCACCGCGCAGACCGGCUGCUCGUGCUGCGAGGAGCCACCCCUCCCGCCCCACCCGCCCACCGCCCCACCCGCCCACCGCCCACCACGCCGCCGUCCUGCGACCAGCUGGCGCGCCGCGUGCGGCUGGCCGAGGAGGGCGGGGCCACGCUCGAGGUGUCGUGCGGCAAGCUGCUCGCCUUUGUCGGCCAGAUCGUCCAGGCGGUGACCGCCGCCGCGCCCAACCUCGCGCUGCGCCUGUACGUGCAGUGCGCGCAGGUGGCGGACAGCUGCGGCGACGACGACGGCGCGUACGAGUACCUCACGCAGGCCUUCACGCUCUUCGAGGAGGAGGCGCGCGCCGUCGCGAAGGCGUCCUUUGCCUUUUGGCCGCUCGCGGGGCUCUCGCCCCACCGCAACGCGCAGCGCGCGCUCGAGUGCCUGCAGCGCGCGCUCAAGAUCGCCGACGGCUGCAAGCGGUCGGGGAUGCACGCCCCGCUCUUCGUCGAGAUCCUAGACGCGUACUUGUGGCACUACGAGCAGGGCAACGACCUCGUCACACUGGCGUACAUCUCGUCGCUGAUGCAGCUCAUCGACCAGCACGUCGCCGAGUGGCGCAGCGACUGGCAGGCCGCCUCGGACGCGCCGGGCGCGCCGGCCCAUGUCGUGCGCUACGUCGCCACGAGGAGGCACAUCAGCGCCAAGGUGCGCGGAGGGUCGCAAAAGUACGAAGGGCUGCAGCUCUGAGUCGCGGUGCAGGUCUAUGCCGUGACCGCCACGGCUAGUGUGGCGUCGACUGCGAGCGCUCGACGGCGCGCCGAGUCGGCCCUAGAGGGUGGCACGAGGCGCGGCUCCGUUGCCCGAACGCACACAUACAGGCCGUCGGCACUGCGGGAGGGUGCUGCCCAGGAGAUGCGCUCGCUUUCGCGCAGGGGUGAGGCAAAGAUGCACAUGUGUCUUAUAUCGGUGUUUAUAUCGGCGCUGGCG